CGGAUACCUGUUACAUUAGAGUACCCACACGAGUAAUCAGUUGAAAUGCCGAGGGGAAAAAAGUAAAAUGUGAAGUCGACACUUAAACGGAAUAUUCUCAGCAGGUUUGAUAGCUAAGCGCUUAUGAGCGCUGCAUAGACUUGGGGGAAUUCCUAGUGAUCUAUAGACUUCACGCGGAGGAAGAAACGCUCGUGACUUAUUUGUGGGAAUAAAAUAAAUUUCGAGCUGUCUCGCCGAAAUGAUGUUGAGCAGUGGCCCAAACAUAGUCUAUGAAUGGCUGAAGACCCUUCACCUGUCUCAGUAUGUCGAAGCUUUCGUGGAUAAUGGAUACGACGACCUGGAAGUUUGCAAACAAAUUGGGGACCCCGACCUGGAUGCUAUCGGGGUCUUUAUACCGCACCACCGGCAAAGGAUCCACGACGCGGUGAAGCGAUUGAAGGACGAUGAUAAGGAGACAGCCGCGGGACUCUACUUCACCCUGGAGCCGAUGACCCCGAGCAACACCAGCCGCUUGACGGAACAUUGUGAGUCGAGACUACGGAGCUCCAAGUCGUGGACGGCACAGAGCAGCGACCGAGGCGGGCGCAGCAUGGGUUAUAUGGGUGCGCAUCGAAAUCUGACCCUCGGGAACCGCAAGGAUCUUGUAUUCUAUCCGAAACUGAAGCUGAAGAUUUUGAUCAGAGAUAAACUCAUUAGAGACGGGAUUAAUCUUGCAAGGCCUCCAUACUCUACCAAGGAUGGCUCUCUUGGGAACAUAGAUGAUCUGACACAGGAGUACUCUGAGUACUACAGCACGUGCUUCAGUGACGUCAGCGAGCGCGUUGAGGAGCUGCGCAAGCGCCAGGUCUCCCAGGAGCUGGAGAUGGAGAAACCAGAGUUCGGGUCCGGGUCCCUGCAGCUGCCUGCCGAGGUCCAGGAGUCGCUGGGCAUCAGCAGUGAAGCGUCCACUCCAGAAACAGAGAGGAACAUCCCCCUGCACAAGUCCAGCUCCGAGGAUGGCUCAGACCUCUCUCCUCUUACAGGGAAGUGGGACAACAAGAAGAAGAACAAAUCCUUCUGGCAGAACUUCAUGAAGUCCCCGAAAGGGAUCACACGGCAAACCUCAAAAGGAGAGGACAUCGGCUAUGUGGCCAGCGAGAUCACCAUGAGUGAUGAAGAGCGCAUUCAGCUGAUGAUGAUGGUGAAAGAGAAGAUGAUCACCGUGGAGGAGGCGUUGGCUCGGCUUAAGGAGUAUGAGAGGAGCAGACAGCUGAGCACCAGCUCGGACACUGCAGAGUGUCCCGAUGGAUCCAGCCUCACUGUUAACCUGUCCUCCACCUGCAAUUCACGUGAACAGUCUGAUGACGAACAGGAGGACCCUGUCAAAUUUAAGCGGCUUCACAAACUGGUCAACUCCACCCGCCGUGUCCGCAAGAAGCUGAUCAGGGUGGAGGACAGCAGAAGGCAGGGCUCUGAAGACUCUCUGAGUCUGGACGCCUCCCCUUCAUGCGAAGACACCAGUGCGCUGUACGCCGAUGUCCACAAGAAGUCUGUCCGCUGCACGGACUCCUCGCUGUCUGCGCUGGCCCAGGAGCAGCUGUCCCUGGACGGGGACGCUGAUGGCCUGACCACCUCGCCCUCAUCCAGCAGCCUGGAGGCCUGGAGCUCUGCGCACCGGCUGGUGAAAACCCAGGGUGGCCACCCCCACGGCCUGAUCCGACCCGCCCGCAAGGGCAGUUCGGGCUCGGGCCCGGUGGGGGGCAGUGGUUCCUCUUUCUCAGAGCUGGAAAGCCCAGGUGAUGAUGAGACCAGGGCGCGGUGCUCAGCUGCCAGUUGUGAUCCACAGAGGGCACUCUCAUCGCAGUCACACGGGAGGACAUGUAGUUUUGGAGGAUUUGACCUGUCAAACAGAUCUCUCCAUGUUGUCAACACAGCUUCUGAACCCCAUAAUAAGGAACAGGAGGCCCUGUACAGAGAUGUGGUAAAGUCUCCUACCACCUCUCGCAUUUCUCUUGGAAAGAAGGUCAAAUCUGUCAAAGAGACCAUGAGAAAACGCAUAUCCAAGAAAUACAGUGGCUCCAUCUCUGAGCAGUCAAGUCCAGACGGGACCCCCAACUCCCCUCAGUCUCCUCAGCCAGACACAGACUCUCUGGAGAAGCCCAAGCUAAAGGCAGGAGGUUCUGUCGAGAGCCUUCGCAGCUCACUCAGUGGCCAGAGUUCCAUGAGUGGCCAGACGGUGAGCACCACAGACUCAUCUGCCAGUAACCGCGAGAGCGUGAAGUCCGAGGAUGGUGAUGAUGAAGAGCCUCCAUACAGAGGACCUUUCUGUGGAAGAGCAAGAGUACACACGGAUUUCACACCCAGCCCUUAUGAUACAGACUCGCUUAAACUAAAGAGAGGAGACGUGAUAGACAUCAUUAGCAAGCCACCCAUGGGCACGUGGAUGGGCCUGCUUAAUAACAAGGUGGGAACGUUCAAGUUCAUCUACGUGGACGUGCUGGCCGAGGAGGAGGAGAAGCCCAAGCGGCCCAUGAGGAGGAGGAGGAAGGCCCGAGUGCCCAAACCCAGCUCUGUGGAAGAGCUUCUGGAGAGGAUCAACCUGAAGGAGCACAUGCCCACGUUCUUGUUUAAUGGCUAUGAGGACUUGGACACCUUCAAGUUGCUUGAAGAGGAAGAUCUGGAUGAGCUGAACAUCAGGAACCCUCAGCACAGGGCUGUUCUUCUCACUGCUGUAGAACUUCUGCAGGAUUUCGACAGCAGCAGCGAUCCAGAGCGCAAUGCCCUCUCUGGCUCUCAGGAGAAGCUCCUCAGUCAGGGGAGGGGCUUAGCGGGCGAUUCACCUCGCGACUCCGGCUGCUACGAAAGCAGUGAGAACCUGGAGAAUGGUAAGCCCCGAAAGGCAUCCGGCUCCAGUCGAGGCACGGCCGGCUGCGAGCCAGGCCACGCCCACACACCCGACUACCCCACCAUCCCCAUGACCUGCUCUACAGAGUCGCAUCAGCACCAAGCUAAGAAAGAACGCAGGUUCCCCAAGAACCUCCUCCCUCGGCCUGUGAAGGGCUUAAGUCUGCGGGCUCUGGGUCUGAAGAGGGGCCCGCAGGUGGGCCGGGUCCCCAGCAUGGCAGGCAGCCGCAGCUGUGAGGAUCUUGAUGGGCCACAGGAGGCGCCAAAGGUUUGGAAGCGCUCGCGCUCCCUGGGGGACAUGCAGUGGGAGCAGGCCCGUGAGCAGAAGAUGCAGCGGCAUGUGGGCAUCAACCAGGAGGGGAAGGCGCUUGAGCCUUACUGCCACUCCCAAGAUGCAAGGGUUGAAGUGAAGCACAAGACAGAGCAGCAUGGGCGUGGCCAAACAAAGUGUGGGUGGGGCCAGAUGGAGAGGCCAACCGUGCCCACCCAGCUGCCCCUGAAACCCACGUUUUGUGCUACACCUGCUGACCAUCCAGAGGCCCAGUCUGUCUCCGCCCCCACCAGCCCGGCUCCCCGGACUCACCCCAAAAAGCCACCUGUGCCUCCUCCAGUACCCGCUAAAAAAUCCAAGGAGCGGCUGGUGAAUGGCCUACGCUACCAACCUUUGGUCCUGUCAGGCUCCACCCCAACCAUGCCCAUUCUGGUGCCUAAACCAACCACACCCACUGCCAGCCCCUCUGAGGGAACCUCAUCCACCCCUGUGUCCCCAGAUGAUUCCAAGAGCCUACCAAGUAUACCACCACCCUGGCUGUCAGACCUGCCUGAGUCAGCCUGCCCACAGAUUCACGGAGUGAAGGUAACCCUGGGCAGAAAGGUCUCCUAUGCCAAAAUGGCCGACUUGGAGACAGUACUGGAAGAGAGGCUGGGCUUGGAGGACAUUGACCUCACAACAGAGCCCUACUCAGACAAGCACGGCCGCUGUGGCAUCCCGCAACUCCUGGUGCAGCGAUACUCGGAAGACCUCCAGCAGCCGGCCAAGGAUGUGGCCUCCACCCUGGACUGGAUCCGGGUCAGGAGGCUCCGCAAGGAACACCGCAUGGCUAUUCCCUCAGGAGGUUUGACCGACAUGUGCCGGAAGCCUGCGUCCCCUAUCCACUUAAGCUCCGUUUCUGAUUGGCUGGUGUCCAUCGGGAUGCCCAUGUAUUCUGACCUCCUACUGGCUGCGGGCUAUGGCACUCUGGGCCAUCUGUCAGCUCUCACAGAGGCAGGAGUGAGGGAGGCGGGGCUUCGGGAGGAGAGACACAUACGCCGCCUGCUCAGCGAGGCCCGAGUAGUCACAGCCAACAGCACGAUGCAGUCGUAGCACACAUAAGGCCUGUCAUGGCCCUGUUAUUGAUUGUUUACGCUGCGAAAUGAGCAGCCGUAUCCGGAGAGUUUUUCUGCAGUUGUGGUUUGACUGCAAAGCGGAUUGCAUUACAGUUGAAAGCUGGCAGGAGCUGGCAGACAAGGAAGGAAACAAGGACAAAUUUGAGCUUCAUCUUUGGAGCUUUCAUUUGCUCUCUGAUUGUCCUGUUCCGCUGAUGUUUACAGAAAGACAUCUAUGGCUUACACAAACAGCUGUCGAAGCUCUUUUCCAGCAAGGGCUCCGUAGCACUGACUUCUGGUCAGGAUCUGGAGGGAUUGUUGAAGCUCUUUUCUAGCGAGGGCUCCAUUACACUGACUUAUGGUCAGGACAUUGAGGGAUUGACUUUUAAGAGCUAGCACACCAUUUUUCAGAGAUUCCGAGAUUUUGUAAGGAUUAAACAGGGACUACUUAAACUUCGCCUUUUUCCCCUUCAUUUCGUAAAUGCUUGUUCUGAGGACUAAGAAACCUUUCUGUGCAUCACCCGAGCACAGCCAGACGACGUAGCGUGGCCAAAGCGAUUUCAUUUCCUGCAGGUUAAUAUGUCAGUCUUUCCUUUUCUCAGCUCAGAGACGUAAAUGUUGAAGGAUGUGUUUUUGGUCAUUAGUCUGAAAUGUUCAUUAAAUCCUGAAGUCCAGUGCUGCCCUGCUGCGGCUCCUCUAAGCACACGUGCCACAGGUGCCAGGGACAUGGUCGAGAGCACAUUUGCAUAGUUGCUAACAAAGCCAGUUCAGCUGUCUCAUUUAAUACAAAGUGAUUACGUUAAGCUUUGUCUUUGUUUUUCAGUUAGUUCAAGAAAAUUAUUGUAUAUUCAUAAUGCAUUUAAUCUCCAAAUACUCUAACAUACACAGCAUUCUGGGAAAUCAUCCUUUAAUACUAAAUCUGUUACAUAUCCCUAA